GAGGCAGUUUGUGAAUCUUCCUAAACCACUGGUACUGCAGUCAGUCUGCGAAAACAUGAUCUAAUUCUCCUUAUAAAUAGGCACAAGAAUGUGGGACUGAAAUAGGAAAUUGGAAAUUGGAAAUUGGAAAUUGGAAAUUGGAAUUCGGAAAUUGGAAUUUGGAAUUGAGGGUGAGAAGAUCAAGAUGGAAAGUGUGUGUGUCACAGGAGCAGGAGGGUUCAUUGCCUCCUGGCUUGUUAAGAUGCUCUUGAGCAGAGGCUACACUGUAAAAGGAACAGUCCGCGAUCCUGAUGAUAAAAAGCAUAAGCAUCUGAAAGAGUUGGAAGGGGCGGAAGAGAGGCUUGAGCUUGUGAAGGCUGAUAUUCUAGACCCUGACAGUUUGAUACCAGCUAUCAGAGGGUGCAAAGGAGUCUUUCACUUGGCUUGCCCUAUCAUUGAAGAUCCGGCACAAGUGCUGCAGCCGGCUGUGAAGGGCACUCUAAAUGUGUUGAAGGCCUGCAACGAAUUGGGAGUGAAGCGUGUAAUCCUUACGUCCAGUAUCGGCGCCAUUUAUCUCGACCCCAACAGGAAUCCGCAAGCCAUAGUCGAUGAAGACUGCUGGAGCAACCUUGAUUACUGCAUUGAAACCAAGAAUUGGUAUUGCUAUGCAAAGACGGUAGCAGAGAAAGCCGCGUGUACGUAUGCGGAGGAGGUGGGUAUGGAGUUGAUAAGGAUUAAUCCCAGUAUCGUCUUGGGUCCUCUGCUCCAGCCCACUAUGAACUUCAGCACUGCUCAUGUUUUGAAAUAUUUAACUGGCUCGGCCAAGACAUAUUCAAACGCAACUCAGGUUUACGUGGAUGUGCGAGAUGUGGCCAGAGCGCAUAUAUUGCUCUACGAAAAUCACUCUGCCUCUGGUCGAUAUCUGUGUGGAGAAAGAAGCCUGCACAGAGGAGAGCUCCUGGAUCUGUUAGCACAACUCUUCCCACAUUACCCACUUCCUACCAAGUGUUCAGACCAGGAAAAUCCAAGGAAAGUGGCAUACAAAUUCAGCAAUCAAAAGCUGAGGGAAUUGGGUCUCUCAUUUACGCCCAUAAAGGACUGUUUAACUGAUACAGUGGCCAGCCUCAGGGACAUGGGAUUUCUUUCUGUUGGGAAUAUGAAGCCCAACAGUCGUAUGACCUCGUUACAUAGCUGCAUAUGAAUAUGAAUGCUUAAAUAGACGCGUAUGGUUCACGUAUUAGAUAUUGGUUAAUAAACAGUUUUCUCUGUUUUUGAGUGUACGUAGCCCUUAUGGGACAAGGGAUUUCUUCCUUAAAGCUACAGUAAGAACAACAACGGCAAUGGCAUUAGAGAAUGUCUACCCAGUUUCUACGAUGCACAGGCAUGCAGUUAUAUAUAUAUAUAUAUAUAUAUAACAUGAAAUGUAUGGGUAACAUGUAUUGUAUGCAUAAGAUGUGGUAGACAUUGCCAUGCAGUUAUAUGCAUGUGUAACAUGUAAUGUAUGUAUAACAUGUAUUAUAUACAUAAGAUGCCAGUGUGCAUCGUAGGGGCUGGGUAAACGUUGCCAUGGCAUUACACCCUACUGCUACAGACAUUAUUUUUUAGUUUUUUAACUGCUCACAUUAUUAUUCUCACUCAAUAGUUCAAUACUAUAGCAUUCCAUGUAUCUCA